UUCUGCCAGAUUUUGAGACAGCAUUUCGUUGUGGAAAUUAUUAAAAGCAUCUUGCAUUGAAGAACGCGCUAUAUUUCGAACUUCUGUAAAACUUUGCCAAUCUUGGGGAAUUUGCAUUCUUUUAAAUUUAGCAUGCUUUUUUCAUUGCUUCUGCAACAACGAUCUGACCUGUUUUGUGUACUAUGGGUGAUAAGCACCAUCACUUAAUAAUUUAUUAGGUAUAUAUCUCUCAAAUGCUGUCGAUAUUAUCUCUUUGGCCAUGCAGCUAUAGGCGAUUCAGUCUGGAACCUCGUGAUCGCUACGGUCUGUAAAGGAACUGAAAAUAUUGUGAUUUAAUCGCAGAGGUGCUGAAAAAUUGUUCCAGUGACACACCAGAGAAAUAUCUGGUAAACGUUUUAUCUUUGAGAGACAUAGGAACAAUAUCGCCCUUCGUUUUUUAUUUCUUGUAUGAACGACUACCUUUUGUUCUGAUGGGCUGGUGGGAUGUCGUACUGUCUAAUUACUAGUGUGUGUGGUAAAUGAAUGAGUUAAAAGACGCGAGAUGUGUUUUAUAUUAUUUUCAUCGCACAACAAGCCUUAUUCCCAUGCCUAUGGAGUAUUUAUGUUAAGCAGAGAAGGCGAGUUUUAGAUGGAACCGAAGAUCUUCAAAACGGCGCUGCUCAACAAUAGAGAUGCAGAAACCAGCAAGAAAGUCCGUCAGUCAUGUCGGCAGUAAACGAGGGUCUGGAGGCGACGGUCGCGGAUCUGGGCGCCCUGCUGGACGCCGGAGAGGGCGCUGUGGUGACGCUCGUGGCGGGCGAGACCCGGCUGGCGGCGCACAGGGCCGUGCUGGGGGCCAGGAGCCCCGUGUUCGCCGCCACGUUCCGCCACGACACGGCGGAGGCCCGGAGGGGCAAGGUGGUCAUCCGGGACGUGGAGGGGCCGGUGCUGCGGCAGCUGCUCGUCUACUGCUACACGGGCGAGGCUCCGCAGCUGGCUGGCGUCGCGCCCCAGCUCCUCACCGCCGCCGACAAGUACGGCCUGACCGCCCUGAAGGGCCGGUGCGAGCAGCAGCUGGUCGCGCAGCUCGACGUGCACAACGCCGCGGCCGCAGCCGUGCUGGCUGUGAGGCACUCCUGUCCCGGCCUCGUAGAGUCGGCGGUCGCCUUCAUCCGCGAACACAGCCACCGGGUGAUGGCCUCGCAGGGCUGGGCGGAUGCCGUGCUCAACAGCCCCUGCGAGGUGAUAGAGAUCCACCGCCUGCUCGCGGACCUGCACCAGGAAUCCAGCGAGCCAACCACCCAAGACAGCGAGCCACCUGCUGCCACCCCACCAGAGAGCGGACAUGGUGGCACGCCUGCCGCUGCCUCUGAUGCUGCGCCACCGCCCACAGACCUUCACCCUCGAGUGCACGAGCCAACCACCCAAGACAGCGAGCCACCUGCUGCCACCCCACCAGAGAGCGGACAUGGUGGCACGCCUGCCGCUGCCUCUGAUGCUGCGCCACCGCCCACAGACCUUCACCCUCGAGUGCACGAGCCAACCACCCAAGACAGCGAGCCACCUGCUGCCACUCCACCAGAGGUUGCACACGGUGGCACGCCUGCCGCUGCUGUGCCACCACCCACAGACCGCAUCUCUCGAGUGCGGAACUUGUCAGCAAAGGAGAAGAGCAGCAGGCUUCUCCAAGCGGCUAAAGAUGGGGCACUGGAGGAUCUGCGAGCCCUGCUGGCCGUGGGUGCAGACACGGGCUUCCGGGACCGGUACGGGUGGAGGGCGCUGCACUACUCGGCCUACAGAGGAGACGUGCAGGCAGUGCGGAGCCUCCUGAACAGUGGAGCAGAGGUCGAUGCCAGGACACUGCUGAGGGCGACGCCCCUGCAUCUGGCCGCAGUCAACAACCACGCGGCAGUAGUCGCAGCACUGGCAGCGUCCGGGGCUGACGUGGAUGCGAGAGCUGCGGCCGGAUUGACGCCGCUGCACGAUGCGGCAGCGCACGGCAACGCAGAGGCAGCGACUGCACUGCUGCGGGUGGGCGCAAAUAAGGGCGCCAGGGCUCAUAACGGACUGACGCCCCUACAUGCCGCCUUAGUCAACAACAAACAGCAACUGAUAGACAUUCUAAAAUGAAGCUUAAAGUCAAACAGUACCAUCUGUACCAGGAAAUUCUGAGAGAUUCAUAAUAUCCAUUUAUACAUAACAAAAGACUGAAAAAUACAAGAGAACAAAAUAUA